UCUCCUACACAUUUACAUCUUUUAUAAAUUCUCUGACUCACACAGUAGCUUUCCAACACACCACAGUCUUUUUCUUUUUAUCUUCUCUACAAAACAACAUCCUACCAUGGAAGAUGCAGCGGAGCAAGAACGUGGUUUCCACGUGAUCACCAUAAGGAAGCAGAUAGUCACGGCUGCUCUUCCCCUCCAAGACCAUUGGCUUCCUCUUUCAAACCUCGACCUCCUCCUCCCUCCUGUCCAAAUCAGCGUUUGCUUCUGCUACAAGAAACCACGUCAUUUCUUAUCCGUGGCUGAAACCCUAAAAGCGUCUUUGGCUGAGGCUCUCGUCUCCUACUAUGCCUUUGCCGGUGAACUCGUGAAAAACUCCUCUGGAGAACCCGAGAUUCUCUGCAACAACCGCGGCGUAGACUUCCUUGAGGCGGUUGCUGACGUGGAGCUCCGGGAGCUUAACUUGCAUGAUCCUGAUGAAAGUAUCGCCAAGCUUGUUCCGAAGAAGAAGCAUGGAGUUAUAGCUAUUCAGGUAACUCAACUUAAAUGUGGGAGCAUAGUGGUAGGAUGCACAUUUGAUCAUCGAAUUGCAGAUGCUUUCUCCAUGAACAUGUUCCUUGUUUCUUGGGCUGAGAUCUCUAGAUUCAAUGCACCAAUCUCUUCUGUCCCAUCGUUCCGGAGAUCUAUACUAAACCCGCGACGACCACUGAUUAUCGACUCAUCUAUAGACAAGAUGUAUAUGCCUGUCACGUCUUUGCCCCUUCCACAAGAAACAACAAAUGACCUAGAUAAUAUCCUCACAAGCCGUAUCUAUUACAUCAAAGAAAAUGCGUUGGAAGAUCUCCAAACUCUAGCAAGCGGUAGCUCCCCCAAGACUGGUUAUGGUCAGAGGACGAAACUAGAGUCGUUCAGCGCGUUUCUAUGGAAACUUGUGGCGAAACACACAGGAAGAGAUCUAGUUUCGAACAAGAACUCGAAAAUGGGUAUUGUUGUCGACGGAAGGAGAAGACUUAUGGAGAAAGAAGACAACACUUACUUUGGAAACGUUCUUUCCAUCCCAUUUGGUGGACAGAGUAUCGAUGACUUGAUUGACAAGCCAUUGUCUUGGGUGACCAACGAAGUUCACAGAUUCUUGGAAGAAGCAGUGACCAAAGAACAUUUCUUAAACUUGAUUGAUUGGGUUGAGAUUCACCGCCCGAUACCGGCAGUGUCGAGGAUCUAUAGUACGGGAACCGACGAUGGACCAGCUUUUGUGGUCUCCUCCGGGAGGAGUUUUCCGGUGAACAAGGUUGAUUUCGGUUGGGGCUUACCGGUUUUUGGGUCAUACCAUUUCCCAUGGGAGGGAAGCUCCGGAUAUGUGAUGCCGAUGCCGAGUCCGGUGGACGACGGGAACGGAGAUUGGGUGGUUUACUUGCAUCUUACGAAAGGACAGUUAAAGUUCAUUGAGGAGGAGGCUUCCCAUGUGCUUAAACCCAUAGACAAUUAUUAUCUCAAGAUUAACACCAUCAAUUAAUUUAAACCCUAAUCUCUUUUAGUUGAUGUGUAAGUUAAAGCUACACUUAUGGGUUUAGUUGUUGACUUCUGGUGCGUGUAUUUAUUGACAUAUAAAGAAAUGUGUAAGUUACAUGUCAAGUCAUACGUCUUUGGUAAAGCCAUGAGUAUGAUGGCUUAAUCUUUGUGUGAGAUUGAUGCCUUAAGGUUUUCAAGAUCUGCUAUUAACCUCAGGAAAUCACUUUUAAUCUCCUCAAUCAACAUAUUGUCACUCAUCUUGUAACCCUAUAUAUACAAGACUGGGCUUUGGGCCAAAGAGAGCCUAUCGAACUUUGGAGGCAACUUUAUAAGAGAUUUUGGAGGCAACUUAAAGAGCUUAAUUUGUCCUCUUUUGUUACUUGAUGUGCCCCUUGUCA